UAGAGAGUGGGAGAAGAUCCCUCAAAUGAAGUAAAGGAGAGAGAGACCCCCCCCCCCUCCCCCUCCUAGGCGGCCUUCCCUCUCCCAAUCUGCCGACUCAGGCGACCGAUAAAAUCAUCAUCCUCCGUGCGUAAGUACCACCGUGUUCAAAGUUUUCACAACAGUCUCUCUCUCGUUCAUGAUUUCUGGACAUCUGUUCAGUCCUAUCACCGGAACAACGGUAUUCUCAUGGAAAAGAAUGUUCUUCCUCCAAAAUUUCAAGUUGUAGAAAGUUCUGCUUGAAUUGAAUUGCAAUUGAGAUGGAAGAUGAAAUAUUUGCUGGCAUUGCUAAUGGAACUCAAAUAGACAGCAAAGUUCUGCAGACAUUUCAAAAGAGUUUUUUACAAGUUCAAAACAUUUUGGACCAGAAUAGACUGUUGAUCAAUGAGAUCAACCAAAACCACGAGUCUAAGAUCCCAAUUAACUUGACCCGAAAUGUGGGUCUAAUUAGAGAGCUCAACAACAAUAUUAGAAGGGUGGUUGAUCUCUAUGCAGAUCUUUCAGACUCUUUGACCAAAUGUAGGGAGGCUUCCUCUGAAGGGGAAUCUGCUGCAACUGUUAAAACAGAUGGAAGAGGUGGCGGGAAAAGAAUAAGGUCCAGCUGAUUGAUUGAAUGAUUUAUCAUCCUCGUUGGUUUAUGCCAUCUUUAAUUUUUUUUCACUAAAACUUAAAUGUUUCGCUCACAUUGUUUCCUCAGACAUUGCAACUCAGUUUUGGUUAACUUUUACCUGUAGCCACAUCUUUCUUGGAAAACAAUAGCUCCUAUAAAUUACUGUCUUACUC